CUUGCACACUUUCCACACAAACAUAGAUAGAUACAUACCCCUACACAUAUACACACAUACCCCCACCCCCACACACACACACACUUGAUUUGGGUGUGUGAUGAGUGGAUGAGAGAUUGAAUCUAGAGAUCAAACCCAUUUGGAAAAAGUGAUAAAGAUUUGAUUUUUUUAUUUGUGUUGGGGUGAUGAGUUUUGGGGGGUUUUAUAGUGGUGGUGGUAGUGGGGAUUCAAGAAUGGUGGUGGCUGAUGGUUCUUAUAACAAUAUGUCAAUGCAUAAUAGGGCUCCUAUAUCUCAACCACAGCUCAUCACUUCAACCAUCCCUCAGCCUAUUUAUAACUCACAAUCACUCUCUCUUGCUUUAAAGCCCAAGAUGGAAGGACUUGGAGGCAUUGGUUUAAUAGGUGAAAACUUUGAGGGUAAUAUUGGAAGAGUUAGAGGAGAUGGAUCUGAAAGCAGGUCAGGUGGAAGUGAUAAUAUUGAAGGUGCAUCUGGUGAUGAACAAGAUAUACCUGCUGGACCGUCUUCCAGUUCUCGCAGCAGACGCCAGAAAUAUCACCGGCAUACUCCUUACCAAAUUCAAGAACUUGAAGCUUCCUUUAAAGAUAAUCCUCACCCUGAUGAGAAAGAAAGAUUGGCACUGGGUAAGAAACUGAAUUUGGAAAACAAGCAAGUCAAGUUUUGGUUUCAGAACAGAAGAACACAAAUGAAGACUCAACUUGAGCGCCAUGAAAACGCGAUCUUGAAACAAGAAAACGAUAAGCUUCGGAUCGAAAACAUAGCGAUGAAAGAAGCGAUCCGAGCUCCGGUUUGCAACAACUGUGGGGGCCAGGCGAUUCUCGGCGACAUAUCUAUCGACGAGCAUCAUCUUAGAAUCGAGAAUGCCCGGUUGAGAGACGAACUUAGCCGGAUAUCAAUUCUCGCUAAUAAGUUUUUGGGUCGGCCUUUAUCAUCGUUUGGUGGUUCCAUGCCUCACGGAAUGACGAGUUCUAACUUAGAACUUGCGGUUGGGAGAAACGGGUACGGUUUAAACCCGAUGGAUGUAGGGUUAAUGGGGCUUGAUUAUAGCAACGGGAUGUCGAAUGCUUUGCCUUUGAUGUCACCUUCGAGGCCCCGAAUGAUGGCGCCAGGUGGCGGUGGUGGUGGGAUGGAUAUGCAGUACGAAAAGGGUAUGUUUCUUGAACUUGCGAUGAGUGCGAUGGACGAAUUAAUGAAGCUCGGGCAAAUCAAUAGCCCGUUAUGGAUCGCGAACAUGGAAGGUGGUGGUGAAGUGCUCGAUUUAGACGAGUAUUUGAGAACUUUUCCACUUUGUCUCGGUAUGAAACCGCAUGGUUAUGUCUCCGAGGCUACUAGAGCUAGCGGAGUUGUGAAGAUCAAUAGUUUGGCGCUCGUAGAGGCAUUACUCGAUGCCAAUCGUUGGAGAGAUAUGUUUCUCGGUAUGAUCGGUAGUAGCAACACGAUCGAUGUGAUCUCCGGUGGCACAGCUGAUUCAAGAAACGGGGUUGUUCAACUCAUGCAAGCCGAGAUUCAAUUGGUAACGCCUUUAGUCCAUGCCCGACAAGUGAGAUUUCUUCGGUUUUGCAGGCAACACGCCGAAGGUGUUUGGGCCGUAGUCGAUGUCUCGGUUGAUGCCGGGCGAGAAGGUGCAACCCGGAGACUUCCGUCCGGCUGCAUCAUCCAUGAUAUGCCUAAUGGCUUCUCAAAGGUAAUGUGGAUCGAGCAUACCGAAUACAACGAGAACCCGGUUCAUAAUAACUACCGGCCACUACUUAGAUCGGGUUUGGGUUUCGGUGCUCAGAGAUGGAUUUCGGUACUCCAAAGGCAGUGCGAAUGCAUGACGACCAUCAUGUCACCCGAUGCAGCCAUUGAUGAUGGUCCGAUGUUACCCGCGGUUGGAAAAAGAAGUCUAACAAACCUCGCGCAACGCAUGACGGCUAACUUUUGUGCUGGGGUUUGUGCAACCGGCGGUCACAAAUGGGACGUGAUUAGCGACUCAUCCGAGGCGGCUAAGAUUAUGAUCCGUAAGAGUUUGAAUAACCCCGGGGACCCGUCUGGAGGGGUUUUGAGUGCUAAUAUGUCUGUCUGGAUGCCCAUGCCACAUCAGCGACUGUUCGCUUUGAUGCUGAAUGAAGAACUCAGGAGCCAGUGGGACGUUUUGUCCCCCGGUAGCGCUAUGCAGAACAUGAUUCAGUUCUCUAAAAGUCAAGAUCCCGGCAACCUCAACACCAUUUCUCUUCUACGCGCCAAUGGUGCGGGUGGUAACAACCCGGGUCAGAACUCGGUGCUGGUACUUCAAGAUAGCACAACGGACGUGACGGGAUCAUUGAUGGUGUAUGCGGCGGUGGAUGUGCAAGCAAUGACGGUGGUGAUGAGCGGUGGAGAUUCAUCAUGUGUAGCGCUCCUACCAUCAGGGUUCGCCAUAGUGCCCGACUGCAUGGCGGAACCAAAAGCGGGAGGUGAAGGUGGGUCCCUACUUACUGUCGGGUUCCAAAUACUGGUCAACGAUCUGCCAUCAUCAAACCUUACAAUGGACUCGAUCAACACCGUUGUCAAUCUGAUAACUCGCACGGUUCAAGGGAUCAAAGACUUGGUUCGGUCUAAUCAACAAGGAAGGCAGAUCAGUAGCUAGAUUUGGUCUAUUAGUGAUUAUUAAUCUAUCGUUUUGUUUUAUCGCUAUUUUAUUUGUUUUUCAUCGAACAAGAUGAUGACGGUUUGGAUUUACUUUGUAUGGAAGAGGAGAGUACUCGGGUUGGGUUUCGUCUCAUGAACCAGGGCUUGAGUCAAGAACGAACCGCGAUGAACAUCUGUGGUUCGGGUAUUGACUCAGUUGACCUGUGAGAUGAACUCACCUUUCUUGGCUUCUCUUGUUUGUUUGAUUGUUUGUUUACUUGUGUGAAUGGAAUUGGAAACUUUUCUCUUUGCA